UGACAGAGGGGUGUGAUAAAGACAGAUUAUAGGUAAUGAACAUUUAUAUUUCUUAAAAUAAUUUAACAGAUCAUUCAGCACACGUUUUUACUGCAUAGAUCACUAAGUGUUGAUAAGUGAGAGUCAAUUUAAAGUUUCAUUCAAGCUGUCAUUUAAAAUAAUUCGUACUCCUCAACCAACACUUGCUACCAAAGUUAUUAUUAUAAUUCGUGAGUUAAAUAAUAAUGAGUCACAGCUAAUUGUCCUCGUGGAUGAUUUAAUAACUAAAGAGCGCAAACAAGCGAUGAGGUGAUUUAAAAAUAAUAUUUUAAUGUCAGUGGACGCGAACUAUUUAUUUAAAAGAUAUGGAAGAUGAACAAACUGGUGGUAGAGAAGCCAACAAAAUUUGUGGAGUCUGUGGAGAUCGUGCCCUAGGAUACAAUUUCAAUGCUGUGUCAUGUGAAAGUUGCAAAGCCUUUUUCCGGAGGAAUGCCUUAAAAAAUAAGGAUUUCAAGUGUCCGUUUUCGGCAAAUUGUAAUGUCACGCCUGUUACCCGACGAUUUUGUCAGAAAUGCCGGCUGGACAAGUGCUUCAACAUCGGUAUGAGGAAGGAGUACAUCAUGACAGAGGAAGACAAGGUCCUGAAGAAACAAAAAAUUGAAGAGAAUCGGGCCAAGAAGCGAUCGAGUGAUGAUACUCGAGGCCCUAGGAUGAAGAGAGAAGUUGUUGAAGACGCGAGCUUUGAUGACACGUCGAUGUCAGUCGCUUCGGUAGCAUCGACAGCUUCUGAAACUUACUUUUGGGAGUCUGAUAAAAAGUACACGGACUUAGAUGCCAACAGAGAACGAACUGUCGAGAGCAUGAGUCCAGCAACGGCUGCAAGUGUACCGAGUCCUUCGAGUCCUCCUGAGAAUCGAGACAUCAUUGGCUCGAAAACGUUGGAUAUGCUCAAGGAUUCGACGCACUCGAGCCAGUUUUUCCGUAAAUGUCAUGGCCCUUUUUCUAGAGACGAUCCUUGCCGUUCGGAAAAAAUCAGCGAUGAGUCGACGAGCAGCACGAAAGAUUCUCACUUUAAUAAUUCGUGUGAGUUCUCAUCAGAGUUAGCUAAUAGUAAUUUGAAUGGAGAAAGACAUUCAGAGGUGGUAACAAGAGAUAGAUCGAAAAACUCUUCAGUAAUUAGAGAGCGCAGUAGAGAAGACGGGAACUGCGCGAGAGAAAAUAUUAAAAUAAAGUCAACAUCGACUAAGUCAAUUGAUAAAUCCGACUUUCUUGUUAAAGUUUUACUCAGUAAUCCACAAUUAGUUGCUAAAUUAUUACAAGACAAAAGUAUUGUUGCUAAAAUAAUGUCAGAUCCUGAAGUUGCGGUUACGCUGGCAAAUAGUCCGCAGAUGUCGAAACUUUUUGAUCCUAAUGAUACUCAAGAAUCCGUCAGCACUAGCAUAGCCUCAAGUAGUUUUACAGAUAAAGUUUCAAAUAAUAUAAUUUGUAAUAUACUGGAUUCGGAGCAGCACAGUGUUGACAAUCCAAUUCUAACGAAUCUAAUAACGAAUGAGAAGUCGGGGGAUAGUAAUAAUAAAGUAGAUGAGUCUCCUACUAGUAUUAGUAAUAAUGACUGGAGCAAAAGUACCGAUGACGUUACCAGAGAUGUGGUUCAAGAUGUUCAAAGAAUUCCAAUAGCUGUUAAUUCAAUAGAAUCUAUAUUAUGUGAAGCUAUUAAAUUAGAAUUUUCGGCUUACUCAGCUUUGGGUGGCAAUCAAAAUAGUAGAGAAUUAAAUGACGCUGAACGCGCUAAAUUAAAUGAAUUAAUUGUUGCUAAUAAAGCACUACUCGCACCCCUAGAUGAUGAUAUCACGAAUUUAGUUGGUGAAGAAUGUCGAUUUAAGGGUACUGCUGGAUAUUCUGAUCCUGUGCUUCUAGAUGUAAUAAAUUUAACAGCAAUAGCUAUCAGAAGAUUAAUAAAAAUGUCGAAGAAAAUAAACGCAUUCAAAAAUAUGUGCCAAGAAGAUCAGUUGGCACUUUUGAAAGGCGGAUGUACAGAAAUGAUGAUCUUGAGAUCAGCUUUGAAUUAUGAUUCUGACAAAGAUAUAUGGAAAAUACCUCAUAGUCAAGAAAGAAUGUCAAAAAUAAAAGUUGAUGUGCUUAAAGAAGCUAAGGGUAAUCUUUAUUCCGAGCAUUCUAAGUUUGUAAGGACUUUUGAUUCUCGGUGGCGGGAUGAAAAUAUUAUUUUAAUACUCAGUGCUAUUGCUCUCUUUUCACCUGACAGACCACGUGUCGUACACAGCGACGUCAUUAAAUUAGAACAGAAUUCUUAUUAUUAUUUAUUGAGACGUUAUCUGGAGAGUAUUUAUCCAGGAUGUGAGGCCAAGUCAACAUUUUUAAAACUGAUACAAAAAAUAUCCGAGCUUCAUAGACUUAAUAAUGAAGUCGUUGAUGUUUAUUUGAAUGUAAAUCCUUCGAGUGUCGAGCCACUUUUGAUUGAAAUAUUUGAUUUAAAACACUAGGUAAUUAAAAUACAGCCGAAUUAUAUUAAGUCUGACAUCUAGUCGAUGGAGGAACGGAAAUUUUUUUUAAAUUCAUGAGUUUGAAUGUAGCACAGACAAAUUUUAAAUUAUCAAUAAAUAGAGUAAGUAAUUAAUGAAAUAAAAUUUUUAAAUUAAACGCAUUUUUCAAAAAAAUUAUUUAUUUAAUUAUUUAUUCUAUUUAUUUAUAGUUUUAAGUUUAUCUGCUACAUUCACUCAUAAAAAUUCAACCCCUUGGCUGGGUGACUAAUCCGCAGCGGGGUCAGAAGGAAAAUUCAAAUUUAACAGAAUCAGACAUUAGAAUUCGGCUGAAUAGAUAAUGACAUACCAUUAAAGUAUAUAUUUUAAAAUAAACUAAUUAAAUUUAUCAAGUAUUUAGCUUAUAAAUGUUGAUAUUAUUUAAUAAUUAUGUUAAAAGUAUGAUAAUAUAUUUUCUACUUUAAAACAAUCAAAAAUAUUGUAUAGAUAAAAAAUUUAUUUUAUGAUUAUUAAGUUUGUUGAUUUAAUUUUAAUUAUUUAAAUAAAUAUCAACAAUU